AGAACGACACUGAUUGCCUCACAGGGCGGCUCUGUGACGUCAUGCUUGCUGUAUUUGCACGUCUCGGGUUUCAAGUGAUCCUGUAUCCUGAAGUCCUGUUGGCCAACGAAGCAGGCUCGGAGUGGACAGACGGCAGACCAGCUGAGGCACCAGCGGAGCAUUGGCUCAUGAAGAAGGGCUUAUGAAGAAUGAACGACAGCCACCAGGAACCGUCACCAGACGAACGGGAAACCGGCUUUGGGAGUCCUGCCCUGUCCAAUCAGAGAAGGAGGAUCAUCCACUUCUCCAGCGGUGAAACUCUGGAGCAGGAGGAGGAGGAGGAGGAGGAAGAGGAGCCGUCAUCAAACAGGCCUCCCUUCAGUGAACCUGCAGAGAGGACUAGAAUGUCGUUCAAGAAUGUGGCCCUUCUGGUUGGGAGGAUCUCCCUUCUGACCUGCGAUUUCCUUGGAGAGAGGCUAGCUGGCGCACUGGGACUGAAUGCGGCCAAAUACCAGUACGCCAUAGAUCAACAUCACCGCAACCACAAAGUAAAACAACCAGCAGCCAGACCCAGGACACCCAUGUCGGAGGCCAGGCAGAGACGAUCCACCUCCACCCCGGACUGGGUGGGGGUCAUUACGGAGCUACAGGAGAAGCAGGGCACCCUGCUGACUACCCGAGCUGUGAGGAGAAACACUUGGACACCAGUGAAGGACGUCACAACAGAGCCUACCAUGCAGAUGAGGAUUAAUUGAAAUAAAACGGAAAAAGCAAAGAUA